GCAAUCCCAUCGAUUCUCCUCGGGAGAGUAGCUGACCGCGGCGUGUUGUGCGCACCGCCUGCUGCAGCCAGGCUGGCCUGGUGCCGGAGAUGGCGUCCCUCGGCUCGGGGCUGCACGUCAGCCGCAAAUGGGCAGCGGGCAGAAGCGGGGCGGUGGAGAGGAGGAACCUGCUAACCGUGUGCCGGUUUUCAGUAAAGACUCUCUUGGACCGCUCGUGUUUCGAAAGCAUGGACGACACCUCUGCAGAGUUGGUCAACUUUGUGUCUAUCUUGGAGCAUAUCCUCAAUCAUAGACUAAAAGGUCAAACAACGUGGUUUGGCUACGAGAGUUCUCGGAGUUUCUGGGAUUUUGUCAAAGCCGCUAGCAGUAAAGUCCCUCACAACUGCAUUCAAAGUAUUGAGAGUAUGGAGAAUGUACGGUCAUCCAAAGCAAAGGGCCGGGCUUGGAUCCGAGUAGUUCUGAUGGAGAAGAGACUGUCGGAAUACAUCUCAUCCGCUCUGAGGGACCUUCGAACUAUCAGGAGGUUUUAUGAGGACGGGGCAAUCAUGCUGGGAGAGGAGGCGGGGCUUCUGGCGGACACGCUAAUUGGUCUCAACACCAUCGAUUUCAGCUUCUGUCUGAAAGGUGAAGGUCUAGACACAGGCCCCUCCAUCAUCGACUACACGCCAUACUUGAAGUUCACGCAAAGCGGCGACAGCAUCAGCAGCGACGAGGAGGAGAUGCGGACCCUUGGCAGUAGUGGUAGCGAGCACAGCACCCCGGACAAGAUGGCCACGGCCGCCUCCAUCUUCACCGAGCAGAGCAACUUGGUCAGCAAGUGCAAACGCUUUGAGCAGAAGUAUCGCAUGGCGCUGGAGCAGAAGGCUUACCUGGAGGAGCUGGUGCGUCUGCGCGAGGCGCAGCUCGCCGAGGCGUCGUCACACCACAAAGCUCUUGAGCAGAGCCUGGUGGACAUACACUUGUCGCACACGCUGGAGAAGGAGCAGCUGGAGUUUAUCAUUUUGGAACUGCAGGAUCAACUGACAGUGUUGAAGAACAAUGACUUGCGCUCGCGACAGGAGCUGACAGCCCAUCUGACAAAUCAGUGGCCUUCUCCCGACGCUUUGGAUGCCAACGCCGUUGCCUUGGACACGCUGCUGUACAGGAAAAGCCCCGGACAGUGGGAGGACAAGAGUCUCUGCAAUCUGCCUACGGACAUGAGCCUAUCACAGAUGUCUCUCGAACCGUCGCACAUGCUGACGCUGGAUGCCAAACCACACUGGCCUCGCCAAGGAAAAGAGCAGACACCAUCCCUCCGAGGACUGUGCGGCUCUCUCACCUCCGUCAACAGUUUCAGGUCUCUGGCCAGUCUGAGGUCCAACGAGUGUCUGGCCAGUCCCGCCGCCGAGGUUAACAGCCCGGGCUUUACCCCCACAUAAAGCCCACGCCACUUACUCAACCAGCCAUUUUUCUCAGCGUGCUAUUACGUUGCUUUUUGUAGAGAUGUACAUUUUUCGUGUGCUUGCACCGACAUGUUUUAGCAUGCUGUUGGAACGAGCUCACUCAGGUGAAACGUUCUCGGACGUUAUAGAACUUUCAACUUGUAUUGGAAGACCUAUUUCAUGUGCCAACAUAGAAAAAAAAAAAAAAGAAGAGUUGGACUCUUCAUUGUCGUUGUUUCUGGAGGAUCAUAUGUGCACUUUUCUCAUUUAUUACCGGAUUAAUUUUUGUGCCUUUGUUUUCAAUGCUGUUUUUUUGUUCUCAGGUCAUGACCACUAUGAUUGAUAAUCCACCCUCAGUUUAAUCUGAUGUGUUCCCUUUAAUUAUUUGGAGACCAAUGCAGUAAUUCACUUUGGCUUUUGGUGACUGUGAGUGAAAGUCAGGCCUUCAGGCCGCUUUGCUUUUAAUCUUAUGUUACAUUUAUUUGCACAUGUACAAAAGUUGUAUGGCUUUCUAUCAUUCAUUUUGAAUGACGUUUGUUAAAAAAAAUGUAUUAGCUUUGGGCGCAUUUCACAGUAGUCAUUUUUUAAUCACA